AUGUCAUCAGAAGAGCCUCAAUCGCUUCGCUCCCUCUACGAAGCCGCCGAAGAAAAGCGCCAUGCCUUAAAUAACUCUUACGACGCAACGUCCCCAGCCUACCGCUCGGACCUCGAAGCUGCACUCUCCCUCUACAACUCGGCGCGCGACAAGACCUCGGCGCUUGCUCUCUUCUCUACCAACGAGGGCAUCGAGGAUGUUUCCACCACUGAUAUCCCAUACCUUCUUCUCGACUCCUAUAUCGCAGAGCUCGUGCAGAAGACUCCCAACCAGAGCCCUGACCAGCGCCUUGAAGUCCUCGCAAAGUCUCGCGCCGCAUACGAACGCUUUCUGGCCACCGUAGACGGAUACGGUCUUGUAAAAGCACCCUACGAUCGCGUUCUCGAGCGAUACCGUGACGAACCUGAGAGCUUUGCUGUAGUUGCGAGCACUGAUGCUGCGGCGCGACGAGAUGGCAAGAUUGCCAACUUUCGCGCAGAGAAGGCGCUGAAGGAGAAGCUCGAGAUGUUGCGACGGAACCCUCGAUACGUUGAGCAUGGUGAUGAGGAGCUUGUGAGGGAGCUUUACUUGACGCAAAUCACUUUCGCGGUACACUCUGCUCUUCAGGCUCUCGACUCACUAAAUCGUGAGGUCGAUAUCCUUGCGCACGCCCCCCGGCCUUUUGGGCCCGUAUCUAAUGCUACACCCUCCGCCGAUGACCACUUAUCGCGCGUCGACCAGCCUCUGCGUCGCCUGCAAUCACUUCCUGGUGGACCUCUUCUAUCUAAACAGGGCAAGCCGCUCCAACCUUUUACGUUGCUCGGCUCGCGGGAUCAAAUGUCACGAGAUGUAUUCCGCUCAGGACAUAACUUGCCAACUAUGUCUAUCGACGAGUACCUCGAGGAAGAGCGGAGACAGGGCAACAUUCUUCAGGGCGGAGUGGAGGAGAAGAAGGUGGUGGAUGAGGAUGAUAUGGAGGCUGUAGAUCGUGAGAUGUACAAGCAGCGUGAGUGGGAUGAGUUCGUGGACCAUAACCCCAAGGGAGCCGGUAACACUCUCAACAGAGGUUAG